AUGAGUGGAAGACAUUAUCAACCAUUUUUAAAUAAUUCAUUAGCAAUUAGACAAGAAAUUCAACGUUUUGAAAGCGUUCAUCCAAGUAUUUAUGCUAUUUAUGAUCUUAUAGAGUUAAUUCAGGAUGCUGCUGUGGGACAGCAAAUUCGAGAUCAUGUUGUUUGCAUAGAAGAGGUUUUUUAUAAUAAAAAAAAUGAAAGAGAGUAUUUAUUGAAGAAAGGAUUGUGCAUAUCGUAA